UAAGAUCAUUUGGAUUCGUACCAUUUCUUUUGUUUGUAUUUUUUCCUUCUUUCCCCCCUUCUUUUCCCAUUUUGUGAACGCCAAUAUGUUUAGUAUGAAAAAGCCAUCAACCAAGUUCCCACCCAUAGAAAAUUGUCAAGAAAUUUCCGGCGACCGCCAUUCCGUUGCGGCGGACUUGGACGGAACCCUUCUAAUAUCAAACUCAUCGUUCCCAUAUUUCAUGCUUGUAGCCAUUGAAGCCGGAAGUUUCUUACGUGGGCUAAUCCUCCUCCUCUCCUAUCCCAUCCUAGCCUUUACUUACCUAUUUUUCUCCGAAGCUUUAGCCAUCAAACUCAUCAUUUUCAUUUCCUUUGCCGGGCUUAAAGUCCGGGACAUCGAAGCCGUGUCCCGGGCGGUGCUUCCCCGGUUUUACGCCGACGACGUGAGACAGGAAAGCUUCCAAGUGUUUGAUAAGGGCAAGAGGAAGGUGGUUAUUACGGGGAGUCCAACCAUAAUGGUUGAACCAUUUGUGAAGGAUUUCUUGGGGGCUGACAAAGUGCUUGGAACUGAAAUUGAAGUGAAUCCUAUGACCAACAAAGCCACCGGGUUCGUGAAGAAACCCGGGGUUUUGGUCGGCAAGUGGAAGAAGUUGGCUUUGUUGAAGGAGUUUGGUGAAGAUCAACUGCCUCAUAUUGGAAUCGGAGAUCGGGAAUCAGAUCAUGAUUUCAUGUCCGUUUGCAAGGAAGGAUAUAUGGUGCACAAAAACAAAUUGGCAAUUCCCUUGCCGCAUAACCGACUCAAGACUCCAUUAAUUCUUCACGGUGGCCGGUUGGCGAGGCGGCCGGACCCUCUCAACGCCCUCAUCUUCUAUCUCUGGUUGCCAUUUGGAUUUAUUCUCUCCAUCUUCCGCAUCUGCCAGUCGCGAUGAACCUUAAAACCAACAUGUGCCAUGCAUAACCUGUGAGAUACAAGUUUUGGGACCCAUUUUGGUUUGAUGAACCCUCAAAUCAAACAAUCGAAGAAAUGUUUCUUGAUUCAAAGUCUGAAAAGGCCGGUGAGAAGCAAACGAUUAAUUGAGGUUUGAGGAGGCAAAUCAAGUUUAAAAAGUGAGGUCUUGGGAUUUUGAUGUUUCAUAUGGUGGUAUUAUUAUAAUGUCUUGUUUUUGUACAUUCAUGUUUGUAAUUG